CCCGCCCCGCCGCGCCAUGGCGGUGUCGGAGCCCGCGGGCGGCUCCUCUUGGGCCGCUCCGGGCCGAGCCGGGCCCGCGGCGGCCCCGGGAGCGGCCCCGGGGCACGGAGCGGGCCCGGCCCCCGCCGCCGCCGCCGGGCCCGGGGCGUGCUGGGCCGCCGUGCUGGCCUGCCUCAGCCUGGCCUGCUCCUACGUGGGCAGCCUCUACGUCUGGGGCAGCCCGCUGCCGCGGGACCACCCGUCCGUCAUCAAGCGCCGCUUCACCAGCGUCCUGGUGGUGUCGGGGCUCUCCCCGGCCUUCGUCUGGCUCUGGAAGGAGCUGACGGGCAUCAAGGCAGACACCCCGCUGCCGGCGCUGCUGGGGCUGCGGCUGGAGGGGCUGGUGCCAGCCACGCUGCUGCCGCUGCUGCUCACCAUGGUCCUCUUCCUGGGGCCCCUCAUCCAGCUCUCCAUGGAUUGCCCCUGGCGCUGGCUCGACGGCGUCAGGGGGGCUUUGGACCCCCGGCUCUGGGUGCUGUGCCUGGGCGACGUGCGCUGGCUGCGGAACCAGGUGGUGGCCCCGCUCACCGAGGAGUUCGUCUUCCGCGCCUGCAUGCUGCCCAUGCUGGUGCCCUGCACCGGCCCCGGCCCCGCCGUCCUCGCCUGCCCCCUCUUCUUCGGUGUGGCCCAUUUCCACCACGUCAUUGAGCAGCUCCGCUUCCGCCAGGGCUCCGUCGGCAACAUCUUCAUGUCGGCAGCUUUCCAGUUCUCCUACACGGCCGUCUUCGGCGCCUACACGGCCUUCAUCUUCCUCAGGACAGGCCACCUGGCUGGCCCGGUGCUGUGCCACUCCUUCUGCAACUCCAUGGGCUUCCCGGCCGUGGGGGCUGCCUUGGAGCACCCCCGGCGCCGGGCCCUGCUCCCCUGCUACCUGCUGGGGGUGCUGCUCUUCCUGCUGCUGCUGCACCCCCUCACCGAGCCCUCCUUCUUCGGGGGGGGCGGCCCGGCCUGCGUCCCCCGCCCGGGCGCCCCCCCCACCUGCUCCUGACCCGGGUUUGGGGCGCUCGCCCCCCCCCCGACCGUGUCCCCAACCCCCCUUUUUAUAGGUGCCGCCGCGGAGAGAGCUCUAUUUUUGUGAUUAAAGUGCUUUUAAGCGUC